UGUUUGACCAAAAGAAUUCCACAGAAUCCUAAAUAUCAACACAUAAAAUCUCGCCUUGACACAGGAAACAGCCUGACCAAAUACAUUGAGAAAUUGGAAGAGAUCAAGAGAAAUUACAGAUACAAAAAAGAUGAGCUAUUCAAGAGGCUGAAAGUGACAACUUUUGCCCAGCUGGUCAUCCAAGUUGCUUCGCUAUCUGAUGAAACAUUGGAAGUGUCAGCUGAGGAGAUCCAAAAGCUGGAAGAUGGUGAUACUGUUAUUUCAGAGACUGAUGCUGAACUCACAGCUGGGACUAACGGGAAAGGAAGCCCCACGGAGAAGCCAGCCAGUCCAGUCCUGUUCAUAAACAACACUGGAGCAGGGGAAUCGUAUCGGUCUACUCUGCAGAGUGUGAUCAGUGGUGUAGGUGAGCUAGACAUAGACAAAAGCCUGCGGAAGAAACCUGAUGUUAAUGGUAAAGACACUAACGGUAAAGACAAGCCUUACCCCGACUGCCCGUUCCUGCUGCUUGACGUACGAGAUCGAGAUGCGUAUGACCAAUGUCAUAUCGUUGGAGCUCACUCCUACCCUAUCGCAACGCUGUCUAGAACCAUGAACCCUUAUACGAAUAGCAUUCUGGAAUACAAAAAUGCUCAUGGGAAGAUCAUCAUCCUGUAUGAUGAUGAUGAGAGACUAGCCAGCCAGGCUGCCACUACCAUGUGUGAGAGAGGCUUUGAGAACUUAUUCAUGUUAUCUGGAGGCCUGAAGGUCCUUGCACAGAAGGUCCCUGAAGGACUGGUCACUGGCUCAUUCCCAACGUCUUGCCAGUUGGCAACCUACACUGGAUCUGCCCGGAAAAGGGCCACCCCAAGAGGGACACCCACACGUGCUGAGAAUAAAUGGAGAUUUACUGCAGAAGAUCUACAAAAGAUAGAAUACUACCUGGAAGAGGAGCAGAUCCCCUCAGAUACUGCCAGCCGUCUCAGCCGUGCUUCCUCAGGCCGAGAUUCCAAGGCGACGGCUGUACGGAGCACCCAGAACCUCCCCACCGCCAGCCCGGCUGGCUCCCUCGCCACCCGCUCCUUCAGCAGCAGCAGCCUCCAGAACAAGCCCUGGAAGUAAAGCCAGUGUCUCUUUCAGCUGAAUAAACGAAUGUCCCGGUUCCGGGAACCCCUGAUCAGUACAUCCUGUUUGUCAUUUUAGGAAGCUGCAAAGAGGAAAAAUAAACCAAUGAUCUAACAAUGGCAAGAGGGGUGGGGUGCAGGCUGAUAUUCAGUAGAAGAAGUAAAGGUAUAACUUUCCAAGACUGAUCUAAAGGGUUAAAGUUGUUUUGUGAAAAUGAACUUUUUCCCGAAGUCCCUGACCCACAGAAGUGGGUCCAUGAAAUCUGUAACUUUAAAAAAUGCCGGUGGAAUCUGUGUUCUGAGAAAAUAUUCCCCCGGGGUUUUGGGAUCUUAGUAAUGCAGCGCUAUGCAAGCACGUGAGAACCUGAAAGGUGGAUAGACCAGCCGCUGUCUGUAAACAAAAGUCUUGAUGUCUAGCUGAAAUAGAGAAACGGAGCGAACGAAUAGCACAACUGGUGACAAGUGAGCAAGAUGCCAAAAACGCCUUUUUUAACCGUCCAGAGUGUUUGUAAUAAGGGCAUUCUUGUAAAGAAUGUACAGAAUGAUAUUUCACCUGACAGUGGCCCUUUAUCCACAGUACUGUUUACAACAUAUUUUUGCAUUUGAAAUCUUUUACCGCGUAGCAUCCUGAGUACUUGGUCUCUGUUCUGUGUUCCAGGGUGUGGUGUAGUGCUCCGCUUCUGAGCGAAGCUACGUUACAAUGUGUUUCUUGGUUUGUAAAUGAGAUUAGAAGGUAACUUUGGUCAUGAUGCUGAGAUGGGCUGAGCAAAACUCCGAUUGACUUCGCUCACAGCAGGAGCCGACUCAUCCUGCUUCAAUCUCUCCCAGUGAAUUUCUGCUUGCAGAGCCAGGUUGCUGGUGACUGGAGUAGCAAAGGGAA